AUGUAUUUUACAAUACAUCAACGUGCCUUUUGUCAUUUGGAAUUAAGUGAUUCUAAUUUUAAGCUUUGUCCAAAUGCAUUAGAGUGGGACAAGAUUAGAAGAAUAUGUACUUUUCUUGGAGUAUUUUAUGAUGUGACCAAUGUUUUUUCGGGUACCAAAUAUCCGGCUGCAAACUUGUACUAUCCACAUGUCUUUAUGGCUUAUCUUACGUUGUUUGAGAGUAUGAGUUCAAAUGAUGAGUAUAUCAAAAAAAUGGCAGAACUGAUGAUGACCAAGUUUCAAAAAUAUUGGUCACAUUUUAGUCUUACCUUAGCCAUAGCCGUAGUGUUGGAUCCUAGAUACAAGUUGCAUUUUAUCAACUUGAGUUAUUCACAAAUAUAUGGAGAGGCGAGCCCCGAAUAUUCAAAUGGUGAUCAGUUUUUGAAUUCUACAUUUAAUGAAUAUGUCAACAUGUUAAAUGUGGCCGGUGAUGAUAAAAGGGAUGAUGCAACACGUGCUUCAAAUGAUUUUGAUCAAUUUCAAAGUAAAGAUUUUACAAUUAACAAAAAAUCAAAAUUGCAAAUGUAUUUGGAGGAGUCAAGGGUUGACAGAAGCUCCGAACUUGAUGUGUUGGCUUUUUGGAAAGCCAAUGAGUUUAGAUAUCCCGCACUUGUGAGAAUGGCAAGAGACUUUUUGACCAUUCCGGUAUCUACAGUCGCAUCGGAGUCUAUGUUCAGUGCAAGUGGAAGAUUUGUAGAUUCGAACCAAGUUAGUGUAGAUGAGCUCACAGAAGAUAUAAUGUCGCUUGACGUUAGCCGUAAAUCAGAUGCUUCAAAUUCUGUGAACAAUCCUAAGGUAUCCACUCCAAAUGCUUCAAGUAGUGUUGCUUGUUAA